AUGAGAUCUACAGUUCCACAACUUUUCCAGCAUUCGCCAGUAAGCUUGCUGACAAGGCCAUGGAAGAAAAACCGUGACGGUACGCUGUUCUAUGGUCUUACCAAGAGCGGGAACAGGCGUGUUCCUCUAGGAACUAAAGAUGGUAACAAGAACAUGUACAAGGGGACCCGGUCGUCCGGUAUCGGUAGACACUUAAAGCAUGGGCGGUACCAGAUUGAUUGGUCCAAGGUGCGGACGUUUGUAACGCCAACAAACUUUAAUGCGAACCUGAAGCCACUUGUCUCACAUAACGUUGCAGAACUGCGGCACACAUUUGAGGGCUACGAGAAGGGCCCUCUGGACACGCGUCUAUACUUUGACAAGCUGAAAGACUACAUUCUACGGGGGCGCACCCAGAGUGCGGGAGCCGACGUGAAGAGCUACGUGGAGCGUGGUUAA